GCAGGAGUGUUAAAGAAACAUGCACGAAGGGGAUGGAAGUGGGGCGACUUCUGUGCAGAGCCCGAGGAUUACAGCAGGGAAGUGCACAGAAGUGGCCAGCGUUGAGGACGCGAAGGACCAGGCCACGAAAUUAUGUGGUUAUCUCAAUAAGCUUGCGGGCAAGGGGCCAUUAAGAGGAUUCAAAUCACGAUGGUUUGUUUACGAUCCCAGAACAUGCUAUCUGUAUUACUUCAAGACUCCGCAAGACGCUUUACCGCUGGGACAUAUUGAAAUAGCUGAUGCUAGCUUCACCUAUGAUGUGGAGGGGGAAGAAGGGCUUUUCGAGAUCAGCACCUCCGGAAAGGAAUUUAUACUCAAGGCUGCAAAUGCGCAGGUAAUGCGCUACUGGCUGCAGCAACUGCAGCAGAUGCGUUGGGAGUUCUGCACCUCGCGUGGUCGCGGCAGCCGCGACAGCUGGAUCUCCCCCACCCUUCCACACCCACACUGCGGUCUGGUGGCCAGGGACACAGUUCCAGACGCCCUUGCCUUCCAGAAGCCCAGUGAGAGCAUGGAGAAGGUGCGUAAUGACUUUACCGUGGAGACCAGCGCGGAGGGCCAGGUGGGUGAGCACACGGCCCUCCCCACCUCCACCCUCAACCGCUCCAUCAAACAGUGGGGUACAGACCUGAGGAUCUCCAUGUCCCAUCUGCGGCCGGGGCGCGGCAGUGAGUCCAGGCGCAGCAUGUUCUAUGCUGACGAGGGCGAGGGGGUUGACCACACGACAAAGGAACCCGCAGAGCAGACAAGCAUGCAGGAGACCCCCAAGAGAGCCCCAAGAGACAGCCACAGGAACUCCACUGGCUCUGGGUUCUCCUUCGACUUUGGGCGCAGCUCCUCGCGCUUUAAGAGGCUGUCCUCGCAGGACGGGGCGGGCUCGGGGAGGCUGGCCCGGGGCGCGGACGGCUCAGGGGCGGAGUGCAACGGCAACAAGAUGUCGGACACAGAGCUCCGCCUCCAAAGACAGCAGGAGGAGCUGGGGCGGCUCCGUGAGGAGCUAGUCAGUCAGAAGGAGAUGGUAAGAGUCCUUCAGCUGACACUGAAAAGCACUCAGUGGGAGAGAUGCCCUGCGGAUGGCCCCAAGGGCCCCCGGGACACGGCCGCAUCCUCAAUGGAGCAAGAGGAGGAGGAGGAAGUCCAGAUUCGGGCCCUCCGGCGCCACCUGGAGAAGCUGACAGAGGAGAGGGACAGCCUCCAGCAGGAGGUUGCCGCCUUGAAGGUCAAGAUGGGCCAGAUCCAGGAGCAGCUGGCCAUGCUCAUGGAGACCAUCCAGGCCAAAGACCAGGUCAUCAUGCAGCUGUCUCAGCAGGGCGGAUCCGUGUCUGAGGGUGACUGCAGCGGCUCACCCAACUUCACUGCCAAAGAGCUUCAGGAGCUGGACAGACUGAGGGAUGGUCUUCAGGGCUAUAAAUCCCAGAACAAGUUCCUGAACAAAGAGAUCCUGGAGCUGUCUGUGCUGCGCCGCAAUGCUGAGACCAGGGAGAAAGCCCUGGAGGCCAAGUACGCAGCUCUGGAGGCCAAGCUGUGCCAGGUAGAGAGUAAGUACCUGGUGCUGCUGCAGGAGGUGCAGAAUCCCAUGUGCUCAUCAUCGCCGGCGAGUCCGACGCGGGAGGUCAUCUCCAGACUGCUGGAGGACGCCCUGCAGGUGGAGAGCACCGGCCAGGACGAGCACCCCGUCUUUAAGCCCAACCCAGUCAGCGAGUAUGAUGUGUACGGCUUUAAGACGGUACCCGAGGAUGAUGAGGAGGAGAGGCUGGUGGCGAAGGUGCGGGCCCUGGAGCUGAGGUCCCUGUCCCUGGCAGAGCAAGAGGUGUCGGUGGGGGUGAAGUGGGAGAACUACUUCGCGGGGACGAUGAACCGGGAGAUGACGCGCUGCCCGGAGCUGAAGGCCCUGGUGCGCUGCGGCGUGCCCCACGAGCACCGCUCCAAGGUGUGGCGCUGGUGCGUGGCCUUCCACGUCAAGAAGUUCCGGGAGAGCGUGGCGCAGGGCUACUACGAGAGCCUGCUGGGCCUGGCCCGUGAGAGGCAGAACCCCGCCUCCAAGCAGAUCGAGCUGGACCUGCUGCGCACCCUGCCCAACAACAAGCACUACUCCUGCCCAGCCUCCGAGGGCAUACACAAGCUGAGGAACAUACUGCUGGCCUUCUCCUGGAGGAACCCAGACAUCGGCUACUGCCAGGGCCUCAACAGGUUGGUAGCUGUUGCUCUUCUUUAUCUGGAGGAAGAGGAAGCCUUCUGGUGUCUGGUUGCCAUUGUAGAGGUGUUCAUGCCACGGGACUACUACACCAAAACACUGCUGGGAUCACAGGUUGACCAGCGAGUGCUGAAGGACCUGAUGAAUGAGAAGCUCCCUCGUCUCCACUCUCAUUUUGAGAUGCACAAAGUUGACUUCUCCCUCAUCACCUUCAACUGGUUCCUGGUCGUGUUUGUGGACAGUGUAGUCAGCGACAUCCUCUUCAAGAUCUGGGACGCCUUUUUAUACGAAGGGCCCAAGAUCAUAUUUCGCUUUGCCCUCGCCCUCUUCAAGCACAAAGAGGAGGAGUUCCUCAAGCUGCACGACUCCACCACCCUCUUCAAGUACCUCCGCUAUUUCACACGCACGAUCCUGGACGGCAGGAAGCUGAUGACUAUGGCCUUUGUGGACAUGAACCCCUUCCCCCUAAGACAGAUCCAGAACCGCCGGAGCUUCCAUCUGGAGCGGGUCCGUCUGGAGCUGACGGAGCUGGAAACAAUACGACAGACAUUCCUGAGGGAGAGAGAGACGGCUGCCCAAAGCAGGACCGUUUUUAGUGAUGAUGAGGAGGACAACUGACAGCCAUCCAAGUCCCAUU